AUCGGAACGGUGGCGGUAAUAAGUGCGAUCCACACUCACGAGUCAAGAGUGUAUCCAAAAAGAAAGAAAACUGACGUGUACAAAGCGCAGGCGUGAAUAAAGCCGCGCAGAGAGUCAGGUCUUAGCUGGGUGAGUAGGGAGAGAGAGAGAGAGAGAGAGAGUACGAGUGUGUUUGUAAGCGCACCUGCAUUGCAACAUGUUGGAUUGUAAGAAUUGACGACCGAGCGCCUGAGUUGGCUUAAGAAGUGUUACAAACGUAGACUGUGCUUCAGAAGAAAGAAAGUUUCCGGCUGUGCUGGCUGUGUCUGAGACUGAGUCGCGUGUCUGUUUCGUCGCUUUGUGGAGAACUUAAAAUAAGUAGCAGCCGCAACAACAACAAUUGUUCAAGAUUUUGGCUCCUUAGUUGCGAUUUUCAAGCGUGCUGUGUGCGCAGUGAAGCGUCGUCAGCCGCGUCGUCAUCUUCGUCGAAGUCGUUGAGUCGCUUAAUUGCCCAACAAUAUUACAGUAAAAAAAGUAUCUCAAGUGUGUGAUUGUGAAAGUUCCUGUACAAAAACAAAAAACAUAAAAUGUACAUAAAACGUGCGCUACUUUUUCUGGCGCUGUUCUGCGCUCAGCCCUAUGGUCAAUUGGCCAGUGAGGAUGAAUCAAAUCCAUUGCUCGACAUGGCCUCCAUGUUCAUACAGGAGGCGUUGAAUAAUCAAAAUGGUGGUGCUGCAGGCGGUGGUGCAGGUGGCGCAAAUGCGGGCGCAGGCCUGGCAAGCAUUGCCUCGCUGGUCGGCAGCUUUAUGCAGGCCAAUGCGGGUGGCAAGUCCGCCGGUGGCAGUGGAGGUGGCGCCGGUAGUGGUGCUAUGCAAAUACUCUCCGGCCUGGGCAGUCUGCUUGCCAGCGCCGGAGGCAAUAAUAAUGGCCGGGGUGGCUUCGAUCCCGCCAUCAUUGGCAACGUCAUUGAGAUGUUUACGCAAAGCGAUGAUGAAGAAUCUAGCGGCAAGACCACUGGCGCUGCACAAAAACGCAGUGGCGGUGAAUCAGGCAUCGGUCUAGAAACCAUACUGCAAGUGGCAUCCGCAUUCAUUAACACCCAAGCUGACAGUGGAAAAGCGGCGGCCAAAACCCAACAUCAACACCAUCAACAGAAACGUGAUGUGGAACCGGAAUCCGACAAUGGUGGCUUCAUGAGUUUGCUGCCACUUGUCAUGCAGGCAAUCGGUUCGUUUGCUGGUCCCGAGGGUCAGAGCACACAGGAACGCCACAAGGAUCACGCCUGGGUGCUGCCACCGUUCUUGGAACACGUGCACGUGCUGUGGGAUCAUUUUUCCCACUCGGAGUUGGCCGAUGCACUUUACGAGAAGUCGGGCAUCAACAAGAUUCUAAAGGGCUUUAAGGGUCGAGAUGGAAAAUUGGACUACGACAGACUAUUCGAGUCGCUCAACAAUCAAUCUUUCCGUCGUCGCUGGAUCAAAUCGGCCACGUUAUAUUUGGCCGACUGGGCCAGCUACCUUGCCAAUCCCGAGGUCUACCUGAAAUACUUCCAGACGGCGCAAUUGAUGUUCAACGGCUUCUUGAAGUCUCAAGGUUAUCCAAAGAGCACCUUCUUUGAGCCCACACGCGCCAGCGAGACCAUCUCUAAUCUGCUGGAUCACGUGGCCAAACACCAUUUGAAUGUGAAAAUCGAUUCGCGCCAGUAUGUGAAACCGGCAGUCGGCUAUGCCAAGGAAUUGCUUAAACUGGGCCAAGCACGCGGUCUGCUCCAGUUCAAUGCCACUGAAAUAAGUGAUAAAUUAACGGAUACGCUAAAUCUGGAGGUUAUCGAACCGGUGCUAAAAGUACAUCGCGCCUACAGAUACAUCUCCAAGACGCCGCAAUGUGAUCGCUAUGUGCUGUGCCAAUUGAAUGCAGCUGCAUUGGAGCAGCAGGCAAAGGCACAGACAUCGCCAGCGGUUGCGUCUGGCGGUCUUAUUUCUGGCGUUAGUCCGAAAAUCGUUAAGAUCGGCAGCAUGGGUGCAGCGAUCUUCAUCAGCACAGAAACCGGUACACCAUUCUGGACGCUAUUCGGUGUAAUCAAUGCGCCAUAUAAUUGUGAGGCCAAAUACCCAGUUGACUGCAAUGGUUUCCACGAGGGCGAGGCUAAGGUCACCACAGAAUAUAUACACAAUGAGUUAUAAGUGUUCUCAGCAUCCAGAAGCCAGUGUUCCCGUUCGUUAGUUUUUCUUCGACUAAAGCUAAUUAAUUGUACGAUAACUGAAAACGAUUUAUUUGUAUAUACCAUGUAUGUAGCAUUAACGCAUUGAAAUAAACUUAAUCUAAUUGGUAACGAA